AUGCAGCUCAACCUCAACACCCUCACCACCCUCCUCCUCCUCUCCUCCACCUCCGUCCUCGCCCAAGACUCCAUCGGCGACUCCAUCAACAGCAUCGUCGACGGUGCCAAAGGCGCCGCAUCCACAGCCGUUGAUGGCGGCCGCAACAUUGCUUCCGCAGCUGUAACCGGCGCCGAGGGCGCAGCCUCCGACAUCACCUCCGAGGGAGGAAACAUUUACUCGAAGGCCACCGGCGCCGCGGGCAGUGCUUUUAACAGUGCUAGCGACGCUGUUGCGUCUGUGACUAGCUCGGUGGGAUCUGAAGCUUCGUCUGCGACGGCGACGCAGACGAGCGGGUCUGCUAGCGGAUCAAGCUCGGCUAGCGGGUCGGGAUCGAGCUCGGCUACCCCUUCGUCGUCGUUUAUUACCACGACGAUGACCAACUCGGAGGGUGAUGCUACUGCGACGAGUACUUCGACUUCGGUUUCUGACCCCUCGUCGAGUGCGGAUAGCACCUCGACGUCUGAGGGUGCUGCGCCACAGAUGACUGCUGCUGGGUUCGGUAUGGGUCUUGCGGGUGUUUUGGGUGUUAUGGCUGCUCUGUAA